UUACUAUUACUUAACAUAAAAAUAAAAAAAAUUACAACUUGUUGGAAUAGAGAUGUUGUACCAGUUAAUGGUGCUAGUAGUUCUCUAUGGCAGGACCACGGCAGCAACUUGGUGCGUAGUCAGAAGCGAUGCCUCGAGGGAGGCAUUACAAGUUGCACUUGACUACGCUUGUGGUGCUGGAGCCGAUUGUGCACCUAUACAACAAACCGGUCUUUGUUUUCUACCAAACACGAUACAAGCACACGCCUCGUAUGCCUUCAAUAGCUAUUACAUGCGUACUUCUAUGGCCCCGGGAGCUUGUGAUUUUGCUGGUACUGCCACCAUUGCCAAAACCGAUCCAAGUUAUGGAUCCUGCAAUUAUCCAGCUUCCCCAAGCGCCGCCGGAGGUACACCUAUACCAGGAAGUGGAGGAGCAACGACAACAGUUACUCCGAGUUCCAACAUCACACCCUUACCACCAUCGACCAUUGCACCACUAUUUGGGAGAGGCGGGGGCCUAAAUUCGAUUGGCAUGGUACCUACGUUAGAUACAUCCUCUAAUGUGAAAACUUUUCCCGAGUUUUCCAUUAUCAAUAUUAUAAUUCUAAACAUAAUUUUAUUAGUGUCUAAGUUAUGAGUCUUUUUGUAGUACGAUUUGUUUCAUGUUUUUGGAAUUUAGGACAAUUUUGUUGUAAC